ACCAUCAAUUAUCAUCAUUCUCUCUAAUUAAGAAACACAAAGGGUCAUUGAGUUUUUGCAGUUUACACAAAUAAGAUUGCUACAAAAUCUAGUCUUUCACAUCACAUCAUGGCAAAGGUGCAUCCGCAGCUUGUCUCUUCAUGCACUUCAUCAAAGCAAGAAGUGUUCACUCUUUGGAUGAAGUCUCUAAUCAUGAGCACCAACGGUUGCGCUGUUUUCGAUUCCAACGGUUGUAUCGUGUUUCGUGUCGACAACUAUAGCCACAGGUGCACCACUCAAAUAUGCAUCAUGGAUGCCACAGGCAAAGUCCUAUUGACUAUAGUUAAAAAGAAAUUCUCCCUAUUUAAGACAUGGGAGGGAUACAGAUCAACAAAAAGCACGGAUGGCAGGAGGAAGAAGCCUGUGUUUCAAGUUCGAAAACUCAUGGGAAUCAGAGCGUUUCUCGGAUAUUUGAGAGGUUACUCAAUUUGCAAGGCUUUGAUCAGAGUAGAAGAAGAUAAAGUGUGUGAAUACAGAAUGGAAAUUAAAAGUUGUAAGCAAUCUUGCCGAAUAGUUGAUGCUUUUGGUGGCCUUGUUGCAGAGGUAAAAAGAAAGAUAACAACAAGUGGAGUUGUUCUUGGAGAAGAUGUGUUGACAAUGGUUGUUGAACCUCAUAUUGAUCACUCUCUUGUUAUGGGAUUGGUGCUUGUCAUGUGAAUCUACAAGGAGUAUUAUUUUAUUUUUCAAAAAUUAAGAAUUGGACAUGGCAUCACAUGAUGCUCAAAUCGCCAUUCAAAGUAUUGUGUUCGGAGGAAUCAAGGACAAGAGAUGCAGUUAUCAACAAUCUAGCCCACUGAUUGAUUUCUGUGUAUAAAAUUACAAUUCAUUGAAUACCAAUUAUAGACAUCAAUACUUGUUAAA